AACAGUUAUCGUGGCAAUGCUCUUACCUCAACCUUUUACCACUAUCCCAGCCCUCGUGCAACUGACCUCAUUCCUUACCAAGCCCUCCCAGCCACCACCAUCUCCACUUCCGCAUCCAUCCACCAAGACACAGAACUGCCCGCUCUCAUCUACACGCUAACAAUCCACCGCAUACAAUCUCACAAAGCCCAUCCGCAAACAAUUACACAAAGCGCCCCAUAAAGCCUCACGCCUCUCGCCGACAAUGCCCCUACCUUACGCCACGAAUCGCACUUCCUUUGUCUCAACCCCAUCACGCGCCCCUCGACAAUACCAAGACGUCAAAGCCCGUAGCUUCGUCUAACGUCGCUGUGUGCAGCAGUACAAGCUUACUAGCGCCUAGCCUCGCCGUUGUCCAUUACACCGUCUCACCGUGGUAAUCUCGACGUCGGGCCCUCGGGAUGUUCUCACCACUUGACGCCCCUCCGCAAGCAAAUCGAGACGACCACGCCGCGUUGCCUCGCGCGGGUAUCUUGACGUAUUUGAUCAGUCCCCCGCCGCCUUACGUACCUCGCUCUCCGGCUGAACAGCCUUGGUACCCCGCCGAUAUGCCGAAUUACUCUACGGUUGAAACUACAUCGAGGGAGUCUGGGAGCCUAGACAUGAAGAGGGUGCGAUUUGCAGUAGAAGAAGACGAUGAGUUGGACGGCAUGCUUGAAGAUGGCGAUAUCGUCACCUGCGAGCGAGACAAUACCGGCAUAGCAAGAUGUCGGAGACACGAGAGCGGACGUGGAGGAUGGCUCGGCAGCUGCACAAUGGGAGAGAAAGUGAUGUAUCUCGUCUUGAUACUCUCGGCGGUCAUGAAUGCGGUGGCUAUUUUUGGGCCAUGGAGCGGUGCAAGUGGACUUCGAGAGGUCAAAUUCUGCCUCGCGGAACAGAGAGAAACCUAUCCUGAAACCCAGCUGUGGAGGAUUGUUCCCAGCGAGGAGGAUGCUUGGAAAUGUGAGGAGAGCAUUACUCUGCUUGCUUUGGCUGAUGAGUAUGGGGAAGUGGAUAUGGAAUAUCAAGGGGUAGUUCCGAUGAAUGGAUGGGUUGAUAAUCAGUGAUCUUCCUCCGCUUAUGAUUUUUGGCUGGUCUCGGAACUGAAAGGGCAUUCUAAUGUAAUUGCGUCGAGUUCUUCUAUUCAAACCUCUGUAGAGUUUUUGGGGCUUUUUUCGUAGCAAACCGUUAAGUGUUGCUGAGUGAUGAAGAUGAUGAGGAUGACGGACGCUAAAUGGACGAUCCAGGGU